UUUGGACAUCCAUUGAGUCUUUGAUGGGGGGGGUGUUAUUAACUGCAGCAGCUGGGACACAGUGCUCGUGAGGACACUUCUGCUGACCUUGCAAAACAUCAGUAUGUCAUUCCACAUGAGGGCCAUGCCCACUUUUAUGGAUCGCACUCAAGCAAAUCUUAUCACACACACACACUCUCACACACACACACACACACACACACUCCGGCGCGAUUCUCUGCAACAGGUGAACUCAACUUCCGAGUGAAAAACACAUACACACACGCAAACGCAUACUCACACUCUCUCCUUCUCUCACACACAUACACACCAGCACACGGCAGCUAUCAUGGCGAAUCAACACCAGUCAUGCCGCAUUGGCGUCCCAGUUGCCAUAUUACUGCUGGCGACUGUUGGCAUUCUUCUGCUCUCCAUCAACACCGAGGACGUGAAGGAACCUGCUCAGUACAUGUAUGGUAUCGUCCUGGAUGCUGGAUCCUCCCAUACAGCCAUGUUUAUCUACAAAUGGCCUGCAGACAAACAGAACGACACUGGCAUCGUCAGCCAGCAUGACGAGUGCCAUGUGCAAGGAUUAGGAAUAUCGAGCUAUGCCAGUCAGAGAGGAGGAGCUGCUCAUAGUCUGGAGCACUGCAUGGAGCAAGCUAUGAAGGUCAUCCCCGAUACAAGACAUAAAGCCACACCCUUAUAUCUUGGAGCUACUGCUGGCAUGAGAUUACUAAACAUUUCUCAACCCAAAGAGUCAGAAAAGAUAUUAAAGGAAGUACAAGAGAAGAUGAAGAGCUAUCCUUUUCAUUUUAAAGGGGCAACCAUACUGACAGGACAAGAGGAAGGUGCAUAUGGCUGGGUCACUGUUAACUACCUGUUAGAGAACUUUAUCAAGUAUGGGUUUGUGGGCCACUGGUUCUCCCCUGGCAAAGAGACGGUUGGUGCACUAGAUUUUGGUGGUGCCUCUACUCAGAUUACCUUCGAAACCAAGGACAAAGUGGAGAACAAGGACAACCUGAUGACUCUGCGGCUGUACGGCAGAAACUACAGCAUCUACACUCAAAGCUUCCUGUGCUACGGCAGGGACCAGAUGCUGCUCAAACUCCUGGCUCAGCUGGUUAAGUCCCAGGGAACAGAUAAACCCCUGAUCAACCCUUGCUAUCCAAUGGAUUACAAUGUGUCUAUAACACUGGAUAAGUUAGAUUCUCCGUGCACCAAUGUCAACAAAUCGAUUAACCGUGGCAAAGAGCUUCAGUUUGUAGGCUCUGGGAACUACCAGCACUGCCUGGGGAACAUGACGCAAAUCUUCUCUUUCCAGUCCUGCAACUACACCAAUUGCUCUUUUAACGGUGUCUUCCAGCCCAAUGUUGCUGGCAAAUUUAUGGCAUUUUCUGCUUUCUACUACAUUUACAACUUCCUGCAACAGGCCACAGGCAUAACCAUCACUUCCCCCAAGCUCCUAGACCAGGCCGCCUUCACCGUCUGCAACAUGAGCUUCCAUGAGAUGCUGAAAAUAGUUCCAGAUCAAAAAACCCGACUGCACGACUACUGCGCAGCCACGGUCUUCAUGCAGGUGCUAUUUCUGAAAGGUUACAAAUUUGACCCCGAAGCUUUCUCCCACAUCUCCUUCCAGAAGAAGGCAGGGGACACUUCAGUUGGUUGGGCUCUUGGUUACAUCCUGAACCUGAGCAACCUUGUGCCAUCUGAGAGCGUAUCCCUGAGAAAGGCUCUUCAUCCAGGAGCCUGGAGCAUGCUUGUUUUCCUCUUUGCGCUCCUACUCAUCCUAGCAGUCGUCUUUCUACUGGUGAUUAUGUGUCGCAAGAAGAAAGGAAAUGCUGCUGGGAUAUAAUUCUGACUGUUUAAAAUGUUUUUAUUUUUGGUUUUUAUGCACUGAAUAGACAGGACGGUGGUAAAGGGCUGUUUUUGACCCCUGAAGUGUCGUCAAUAUUUCAGUAGGUCGGGUAAACGAAAAGUACACUGAAACUAUGAAAUUUAAAACAAAUGUAGCAUAAAGAAUGAGCUCAGUAGAAAACAAACCCGGAACGGGCCAUUAAAAUACGAAGAAAAAUAAAUAAUGUUUUUUGUUUGUUUGUCUUUAAUAAAUACAUUCAGGGUCAUUUUAACAUAAAUAGUUUUGUGGAUUUGGUUUUAGUUAACAGUUUUUAAAUGAAAUGUUUAGAGAGUAUUUUUUAUAAUGUGUGCAUUUUAUACACAACUAUGAUGGUGAAGAAAAAUUGGAAUUUAAAUAAAACUGUAUUUUCUA